UCAGGUCAUAAAUAUAUAAAAAUAAAUUAUCGUGCAUAUUAAAAAAAAACUCCAAAAUAAUUAAGUUAGAGCUUUUAACCUAAUUGUGUACUUCGUAAGGUAAAAUAUUUCUUUUUAAUGUGAUUAUUUUUAAUCUGGAAACUUUAUGACAACCCCUGACGGCGAAAAGCUCUUCCAAGAAAGAAGUCACUGUCAGUCGCCAUCUUUUUUCAUCAAUCCAUAUUUUCCUGUUGGCCAAGGGUUUUUUUUCGUAAUUUGGUAUCAUCAGCAGUGGAAAAAAGCUGAAAAAUGAGGAUUACAGAAAUUGUUCGCGCCGUCGCCACGGAAGUCACGGAUGCUAAGCCAAAUAAGCCCCAAUUGAGAGGACUUCAUCAUGCGACCAUCAAACGAAAUCUUACUGUGGCUCUAGUCCUCAGCGCUGUAUCCGUAGUUGCUGUAAAACUCCUCUACAAUGACCGUAGGAAGGCAAAUUAUGCUGAAUUUUACAAAAAUUAUGAUGCAGAGGCAGCAUUUGAGCGAAUGAGGAAGGCUGGACUCUUUCAGUCUGCACAGGCCGAUGAUUGAGCUGAAAACCAUGAAAAUGUCUAGUGAUUUGUUGAGGAUUAUGUAAUAAAUUUUCCGGAUGGAAAUGUA